GUUGAUAGGACGAAAUGUAUUAUGAUUGCAUUAGAGGAAGCUAACAAAGCACCAAUAGCACAGGGUGCUUUCAGUGUUGGCUGUGUCCUCACACAUCAGAAUGAAAUACUCUCAACGGGAUAUUCACGUGAAUUAGAGGGUAACACACACGCAGAGGCAAACGCUAUAGCGAAAGUACAAGACAAGAGUAUUCUCAGCCAGGUUGAACUCUACACUACACUCGAACCAUGCACUGUACGAACAUCUGGUCUGCGAGCCUGCACCGAUACAAUCAUAGAAUAUGGAAUCAAAAAGGUUUUUAUAGGCGUAGAGGAGCCACCAGACUUUGUCAACUGCCAGGGCGUUUCAAAACUCAAAGAAGCAGGUGUGGACGUCAUCUUCCUCAGUAGUGAAGAAUACACUCGCCAGACAGGCCGCAAUUUGUCCGAAGACUGCCUUAUAGCAGCCAGGAGAAGCUAAUUUAUACUAUAUUACACUGGAUUAAAUGCAUUUCAAUUUCUGUUACCA